UGGCUCUCGCACCAAACACAAGCUCUCGCACUGACACACACACACACUCAUGGCAGGAGUCAAUCAGUCAGUCAUUAACUCAGGAUGUGUGUGAGCUGUCCACAUGAACACACGUUUCAGAUGAUAAAACGGGAAGCCCUUCAAUUCAAAGAAACAAUAAUUUAAACAAUUUGGCACAUUAUUGUUUCUUUGUCUGUGUAACAAUCGAAGUCUGCGCCUUUGACAACAACUUCCUGUUGCGAUGUCUUCGUCUCUGCCACUGCCCUCUCUGCCCCCGAGCCCCCUGGCCAUGGAGUAUCUCAACGACUUCGACCUGCUCAAGUUUGAAGUGAAGCCAGACACACCUCCGCCUCCUCAAACCUGCCUUUACCCCAAACCAGGCCUCCAUCCGGAUACGACGGGUUCCCCGUAUGCUCCUUGCCCUCCUCCUGACUCCAGCCUCAGCUCCAGCCCCUACACUUCACUUCCUCCAUCACCCACGCUCAGUGACGGACACCCACCGCCAUCGGCAUCCUCCUCUUCCUCUUCUCUCUCUUUCCCGCUGUCCAUCUCCACUGGAUACAUAUCGGGCCAGAGCUCCGGCUCUCAAGGCAACCUGGACGGGAGCCCAGCCGCUGGAGGCCCCGCACCAUGUUCAAACCCCACCUCGUUGGAGGAUCUGCUCUGGUUGGCUGCACUGCAGCAGCAGUUCGGUGGGGAGCCCGGAGGCGCCGCGUCCCUGCUGGGAGCUCUUGGAGGAGUGCCGGAGCGAGGGGACCGGGAUCGAGGAGGGUAUCUGGGAUGUGAGGAUGCAGUGGAGGCCCUGCUAAACUCUGCUGCUGCUGCAGUGAAUUCACAGUUCCCGGUUUUGUCUCAGAGUUCGAGCAGCAGUCACAUGGGUGACUCCAGCAGUGACAGCGGGGCUGAUGUUGUUCUUAACAAGCCGUCAGACAUGUGUCACCGCCCUAUACUGGUCGUUUCUUCCACCCCUCCAUCUCUUUCCAAUCUCAACACAUCGACCAGUCCCUUCUCACAACCCCUCAGUCCACAGAGCCGCCUCCAUCACCCACACCAUUCAAUGCAAGGCCAUUAUCAUCAUCAUCACCAUCAUCAUCAUCUGCAACUCUCUCAGUGUGGGGUGGAUGAGCGUUUUUCUGAUGAGCAGUUGGUAAGUCUGUCUGUGCGAGAGCUGAACAGACAUUUGCGUGGAGUGAGCAAAGAUGAGGUGGUCCGUUUGAAACAGAAAAGACGGACGCUGAAGAAUCGAGGUUACGCCCAGUCCUGCCGUUACAAACGACUCCAGCACCGGCACGCGCUCGAGUCCGAGAAACAUAUUCUCACACAGCAGCUGGAGCAGCUGCAGUGUGAGCUGUCUCGCGUGUUGAGGGAGCGAGACUCGUACAAAGCGCGUUACGAGAAGCUCGUCAGUUCCAACGAAACUCAGCCUUCCCAUCCCAACACCUCGCCUUCUCCUACUCCUCCGGAUUACUUUUUGUGACAAAAUGAACAUUGAACAGAAGAGAAUGAAAAGAGAGCUGAUGAAAACGAUGGGUGAAAGUAAUUCAACAGAGCUGUAACUACAACUCAACUUAAAAAAAGCUAUUUAACCAAAGCGGGUUGAUUGUGAGGUGGACCUGAGCCCUGGAUUGGAAUGCUGCUGCUGCUGCUGCUGCUGCUGACGGGAUUGCGUUUUUGCCCAUUGUGAGCUUGUAUAACACCAACCUGAUUUCAUAAGCAUUCAUAGCUAUUCGUGUUUAAAAAGGGGUUUGUAGCAUAUGUGUAUGUUUGGAUGGACACUGAAUAUGUGCAGAACCAAAGAACUGACAGACAGUAUUCAAAACAUAAAGCAUUUUACAUAUGUAUAAUGAUUCC